UCUAUAGCUUCAAUUCAGUUUUCCUAUUGACUUCUAUUCGUCUUGAGCAAUAUACAAAAGUUCUUGUCAACUUCAUUGAUUCCUUACAAGUUAAAAAAUUAUUUUUAUUCAGUAUGUUCCCGAAAAGUCCACGAAUUCGCCAGGUCAGCCAGACUGGUUUGACCAGAAUCCCGCAGAAGGGUUCGCCCAAAACCAUUUACUCCAAAUCACUUCUUUCUGCACAGGCAAAGAAGCGCCGCAUUUUGGGACAGCGGAACUCGAAGAAGGAUAAUGCCUCAGUAGACAAAAACAAGCAACAGUUGCAAAAAAUACCCGAGACAGGCCUAUUGACGCCCUCUUCCUCGGACAACUCCUUGACCACCACAGGGUCUAGCUCUGGCCAAUCUAGCUAUUCUGCUAUGGCAAAGACCAGUUUGAUCCGAGCGCCCACCUCCUUGACCCCCUAUUUGACCCUCAAGCGUCAGCAGACCUCGACAUUGAUUAAUUUUCGGGUGCGCAAAUCGCAUUCCCAAAUGGAUUUCAAGGAGGCGCGUCGCACGGGAAACUAUCAGUUAGUGGCCCAUGUGGGAUCGCCGCGGAAGUCUGUUCAGCAAAUAGCUCAGAAAGACGAUGGCGAUUUGGGAAUGGAGGCCAAUAUGGCCAAGUUGCUGCUGCAGGACAAUGCACUCAUUGAAGGUGAGGUGAGCUUUGUGGUUGGUCCAGAUCAGGAUGCCCGAGUGGCCAGCCUGAGAAUCUUUAACACCAUUAUGCUACACGCUUGGCGCAGGAGGCGAGAGGAGGUUCGUCAGCUGACGGAUCAGGUGGAGGACUACAAGAAAAGUUUGGUUAAAAAUCGCAACCAAUUGCAUGUCUACAAUUCGCUCUUCUCCGUGGAGAAACGUCGCAAUGAAACCUUAAAUGAUCAGCUUAGGCAAUCCUAUCGCGAAAGUGCUCAGACGAAACUCUCCUACGAGGAACUUAGUGUGGUGCUUGUGCAGGUCAGAAACGAAAAGGAGAAGCUUGCCGAAGAGCUGGUGACCAAGGAUCGGGAUAUUGAGAAUCUCCAGGAAAUGCAGCAGCAACUGAAGAGCGAACUUUUUCAGGUGCAUAGCCAACAGGGAAAGCAGCUUGAGGAGUUGACCCGCCUGCAGCGCGAGUACCAGGAGAGCCAAUACACUCAGGAUGAACUGCUCUGCCAACUGAAUCAGCUCCGAAGCGAACUGGCCCUUAAGAGUGACCUUGUUGACCAGUUACGCGACAGCUUGGCCAAAGUGCAGGAUCUCAAGCGGGGAUCCGAUGAGCAGUUCAGCAAAUUGCUUGAACAAACGUUAAAACUAGAGCAAGCGAUCGCAGAAAAGGAGGAGCAACUGGUUACCCUCCAGAAUUGCUUGGCCGCCACCUUGGGCCAAAGGAUUCGCCAAUGCUUCGCCCAAAGUCAGGCCUAUCAGCAUGCCACCUAUCGCAUGCUGCACUUUGUAGCCCACUAUAUGCUACCAGGUACUCCGCCUCCAGGACCAUCGCUUCCAGGAGCGGUUAACAGGCUGAAGGGCUUUUUUGUACGGGGCUCGCAUAAUGAAGUGAACAUUGAAGAACUGAAGGAGGUCGAUAAAGGCCAAGAUCAGGAAAAAUUCAACUAAAAUUUCCUUUAAUUUUGCUGUUUAUUGUUAAUAAUUUCUUUUAAGACUUGCAAUGUUUUUUUGUGAUUUAUAUUGAUCCUUAAAUCAUUGUUGAC